CCAUGAUGGAUUCAGGCCGUCCCGAGCCCACUACAUAUCUGAGGGCAUAUAGCACGUAGCCUACGGUAGAAACACCUGUUUUGUUUUGCAAUUUAUCCUCGUCGGAAUGUUUUUCAAUUAUCAGCAAGAUGACCAGGAAAUGCGUGAUGCUUGUGCCCUCGCUUUAUCGGCAUCACAGAUACGAGCUUGCACUCUCAAUUGCAACGAACUAUUCUCGAAGCACAGAGACAGCCAUUUGGUCGAAGUGACUCGCUUUACAUCUAACGCGUCCUGUGUUCCAUCAGUCCACAGCUUUACUAGCUGUGUGCAGUUAUCGGCUUACUUUGACAAUGAUACGAGCAAUGUGGGUGAGCAGGAGGCUGGUCUGGAAAUAUAUUCGAUUCACCAGAAAGAUACAUGGGCGCCACUCAGCGUUAGCCGCGACAUGAUCUCUCUUAUCAUGGAUCAGUACCGCCUCAGUUCUGGUUUCCUCCAGAUCCUGGCUUGCUUUCGAGAUCGAUAUCUGUCGACGGAAGAAGGAUUUUCGGGCGCUUCACAGUCGCUGUUCACGAGUAGCCGAUCUGAGUACGGUUGGGUCUACAAAUACUCGGAAAAGAAAGCCGUCAAGUCAGGGAAUCCAUGGCGGAUUCGACAUACAGGAAUUUACCACUUAGCCGAUCGAAAACGAGAGAGAUCAGUGCUAUUUAUCAUACAUCCAAGUCCGUCCGCGCACUUCAAGAUCUACCUUCAGCAAUUGCUACAACAACCACAGGCCAGAUCCAGAAUACUAUCAAGCCCCAUGCUGAUCCACUCGAUGUUGAUCUCUACACAUCUCAGCUCUUGGCGUGACUAUCUCGAGUACCACGAGACACAGCUUUUGCAAUUAGACAUGAAACCAGCCUGCACAUCGCUCACGCAAUCCCUCGUUACAUUCGACACUCUCAAAGAAGUUCGUGCUGUGGAAAAGAACAUCCUGCCGCUCGAACCUCUCCUUGCAUCAUUCGAAAGGCUGAUGCAUGACCUUGAAGAAGCCAACAGUGUCUUCACUGAAGCGAAUGACGCGAAAGAUAGCCCUUCUGCGAUCAUACAAGCGGCACUUAUCCAAUUCCGCAAAGAUGCUGCAUCGUACAGAAGACAAGUUCUAUACAUGGAUAGACGGGCUCAAUCGACUGCUCAGUCAGUGCUAGACGCCUUAAAUCUGGGGUUCCAAGAACUGGCCCAAAGCCAGAACAGAAAUACGUUCGACAUGGCGAAAUCUGCACGAGAGGACUCUGUCGCUAUCAGAGCUAUUACGCUUGUCACAUCGUUUUAUCUACCAUUCUCAUUCGUUGCCGUAAGUGUAAAAUUGUUUCUAACGUUAGAAAACAAAGCUGAGCAUGCACAGACCAUGUUUGGCAUGAACCUUGUUGAUUUCGACUCUGGGUCCCGCGAUCUUGUUUUGUCGAAUCAACUCUGGCUUUACUUUGUGAUCUCGGUCCCUCUCACCGCCCUUACGCUGGCAUAUUGGAAGUGGAGAAUGCAAAUGUAUCGCGAAGGCUACAUGAUUGAGGAGAGGAGGCCAGGGAUAGAUACGAAGCCACUGAAGAGCAACUCAGAUAUCGAAAUGGUAUAGUACUAGUUUCCUAUAGAGACACAAAGAGACGUUACGAAAACAAUAGACAUU